AGAGUCCGGAACGAGACGGCGGUCGUGGGCAGAGGGUGCGGGAGUCAGCGCUCCCAAGCUGGGAGCGGCCGGCCUCGCUGUGCCUUGGCAGCCGCGGUCCCAGCUCCGCCUCGCGCUCCUCUGACCUGCAGCCGCUUCUUCCUUGCAGGCAACUACCGGACGCAGCUGUAUGACAAGCAGCGGGAGGAGUACCAGCCGGCCACCCCGGGGCUUGGCAUGUUCGUGGAGGUGAAGGACCCAGAGGACAAGGUCAUCCUGGCCCGGCAGUAUGGCUCUGAGGGCAGGUUCACUUUUACCUCCCACACUCCUGGUGAGCACCAGAUCUGUCUUCACUCCAAUUCCACUAAGUUCUCCCUUUUUGCUGGAGGCAUGUUGAGAGUUCACCUGGACAUCCAAGUCGGUGAACAUGCCAACGACUAUGCAGAAAUUGCUGCCAAAGACAAGUUGAGUGAGUUGCAGCUACGAGUACGACAGUUAGUGGAGCAAGUGGAGCAGAUUCAGAAAGAGCAGAACUACCAGCGGUGGCGAGAGGAGCGCUUUCGGCAGACCAGCGAGAGCACCAACCAGCGAGUGCUGUGGUGGUCCAUUCUGCAAACCCUCAUCCUCGUAGCCAUCGGCGUCUGGCAGAUGCGACACCUCAAGAGCUUCUUUGAAGCAAAGAAGCUGGUGUAGCCAUCCCAGGCCUCACAGACAUCCUUCCUCCCAGGCUGGGAGAGAAGGGGCUCCUGGAACUGAUUUCUCUGGCAGGAAGACUGGUUCCCAGUCACAGAUGUCCGGAGGGGAGAGGGCAACAUACACUGCAGCACAAGCAGCUUGGCUGGCUCAUAGUGAGCAUGUGGUAGGCAAAUGCCUGCCCCCUCCCCUGGGCUCUUGCCCUUUGCAGUAAUCACCCAGGGGCUGGUGAUGCCGCUGGGAGCCCCAUUGGCACCUCAGAAUCACAGUGUUACUGAUCAGGACUCUGAGGCUGUUGUCUGGGUAGCUAGGGGGAGGGGAGCAAACCAGUCUUCCCUCUGUCUUCUUUUGCUAACUUGGGAUUUUGAACAGGUUGGGUUGUGGCUGUGGUUCCCUGCUGCUCUAGGAAGCUCACUGUCCCUCUUGGGGCCUAAACCCAGCCUUCUGAUCAGGGUGUGUGUCAGUUGAGGAUGGGGUGGAGGGGGGGUACAAUGUGGGAAAGUGGCCCUGAGUUUGACUCCAGUUUCUUCACAUAGUUGUCCUUUUGGGGACUUGAGAAACUGGGGUCAGGCCAAGCAGAGGCCUUGGUGCUGGUUUGGAUUGGGGCCUUCAGAGUCUUAGUUAAUGAUUUCAUUAUCAGUAGGUCUAGGUUUGUUACAUUGGUUUCCCAAUUAAUAAAAAAUUGACUUCUU